UUAGCGUCACUGGUUAGUGAAAGCUGUCAAUACCCAAAUAAAACAGGUUAGAAAUCCCGCAUACAGCAUGAUUUUCGAACUGAUUUAAAUCUGCUUACUCGGAGUAAGUCACCAUCAUUUUACUGGAAGUCAAUUAACAACCUCCUUAUGGGUUUUUCAACGUAACAGAGCCAAACAUAGUGCAGUCCCUGUAAAGUCUGCUAGUGGGGUAGCUGCUUGUUAGCAUACUUGCUAGCGAACUUCAUAAAGUAACUGAAGAAGACGGCAGCAGAACAGAGGCAAGAGCUGCUCACAGUGACUUAUGCGACUGCUUUUGGUGUCGGGUGAGAGAUGGAGAUGAGAGAGUUAACGGUGAUGGCUGGGAGCUUUGUGGGCUUCCAGCUGCUGUACUCCGCGGUGAGUCCUCUCCUCUCAUCAGUGCUCACCGAAGGCUAUGGCCGACUCCCACCCACCAAACUCAACGAGUGGAACUCCAGGACGGUGUCCACAGUCCAUGCCCUUAUUGUGGGUCUGUUCUGCCUCUAUAUCCUACGCUACGAUGAUGCUGUUAACGCAGACCCCGUUUGGGGAGACCCCAAUCUGGUCAAACUUAAUGUGGCCAUAACGUGUGGCUACCUCCUCUAUGACCUUGUGCUGCUGGCCUGUAACUGGAGUACUAUGGGAGACAGCUUUUUCGUCUGCCACCACUUGGCGGCACUCUAUGCAUACGGCUUUGUCCUGUCUCGUGGCGUGCUACCGUAUUUUGCCAACUUCCGUCUCAUUUCAGAGCUGUCCACCCCAUUCGUUAAUCAGAGGUGGUUCUACGAGAUCCUCCACUACCCGCGCUCCGACCGGCUGGUGGUGGCCAACGGCGUGGCCAUGACGGUGGUGUUCUUCCUGGUGCGCAUCGCCGUCAUGCCCUCCUACUGGGAGAGCGUCUUCGCCACCUUCGGCACGCCGGCCUUCGAGCGGCUGGGCCUGGCCGCCCAGGUGGCCUGGAUCACCUCCUGCAUAUGCCUGGACGUGCUCAACACCGUCUGGAUGUACAAGAUCACGCGCGGCUGCUACCGCGUGCUGACCGGAGCCCGCAAGAGCAGGGCCAAGGCCAGCAACGGGGACGGCAGCAAGCAGGUCCACAUGAACAACCACACAGACUAAAAAAAAGGCCUGACUAAAUCGGGGGUGGGUGAGUUGAGUGCUUUGGGCGGUGGCGGACCAGGUCGAACUGGUCCCAGAGGAGAGAGAGAGAGAGAGAGAGAGAGAGAGAGGUGAAGAGGACCUGCACAAAGUUCAUUUCUUUGCAUCAAAACAGUUCCAGUGAUUAUCAGAGAUUAUCACCGCUGCCACAUGGAAGCACAUCUCGGACUUCUUGUCGUUGAGUAGCGCUUGACUAGCAUGAGGGUCAACACCAACACCAGCUGGUGUUGAGGGUAGGAAUUACACACCAACAGAUGAUAUUUCCUAUGAUCCGGUAGAGGUUGAUUUUGAUUCUUGUUAGAAAGUAUGUUAUUUUUAAAAAGCACAAAUGUCUCCCCUUUGAAGCCUGAACUAAAGCCCAGUUCACCAGCCCAAGUGCCUGCACUGCACGCAAGACAGAAUUCCCAGCCUUAAUCAUGGUGACCACCACCACACACCUUCCUUCAACACCCGUGGUUCCUGUAUCUAACCGUCACAGCACCUUUCUGUCUCCUCUACCCUCGAAACCAUACUGCAGUUUGAGGACAUCCGUCCACAUAGACAGUCUCUCUCUCUCUCUCACACACACACACACACAGACACACACACACACAGACACACACACACACACACACACACCACUGUGCCUCUAGAUCUGGUAGUCUCCAAACGAGCCUAUCAGUGCCUGCUGCUGGGUCAGCAGUCAGAGUCAAGCCAAGGAAGAUCACCAGCUCUCCUGAAGCCUUCUAAGGUUCCAUCGUUUCCACCCGUCUUUACCUACCUAAAUCCUGAACACGCCAGGCAGGUGCGGCCCGACAUGGAUGUUCAGCCUCUCUGUGAUGUGGCUGAAGGCUGGUAUGGGUUCCACAGAGUUGGUCUUGAUCUUCCAGAGUCCCCCCCCCUGUUUCCCUAAACACCCAAUUCAAAUCCUAGUUAUUUUUAUUCAUACUCAGCAGACAUAAUGAAGCGAUCAAAGCAGUGACUCGUCUUAACCCGUGUAACACACUCACCGCCAUCUGUGCAGAAGGUUGAAUCCAUCCAUUUCUGACGCCAGCACUGCGCUACCUCUGACUCCAUCCCAUCUUACAAAACCAACCAACCAACCAGAACACAAACCUCCAUCACAGUGUUCCAAGCAUUCUCCCAGACCAGAGUCCUGUGGUCCUGAGCUCCGAUGCUUUGACUGACCUCAGAGCAGCCUCAUCUGGACCUCCCUUCCUGCUCUGAGAAGCACAAGCAAGACCAGCUCGCCGCAUUCUCAGGCUCCUCUGGCCCAUGGUCUCUAGGUGCAUGUACAGUUUCCCUCCGCUGCAGAGGCUCUGCUUCUCAGUGCUAUUUCAGAGUAUGUGUAUGUGUGCUCCCUUUUUCAGGCGCUUUUGGGCUGUGCUCUUGUGGCUGCCUCUGUCUGUGUGUGUGAGUGUGUGUGUGUAUGUGUGUGUGUGUGAGUGUGUAUGUAGUUGUGUGUGUGUGUGUGUGUGUGUUUGGAGUCUGUGCCUUUUUCAGCCACAUGGUGCUUUUCACUUCCAAACUGAGGGGGUGUCCCCCUUAGUCUGGUACAAAAUGAUGUCAUGGAUUCCAGGUUGAGCGUGCAACAGGGGGGACACAAGGACCCUGAGGGAAGGAGUGCCACUGGGUGCCAGCGACUGACUCAUUGGACUUGAGCUGGAGUUUGAGCUGGCCUUUGCUAAACCUUCACAAUCUAAAUCCAGUCACAAACUACAGUAUGUUUCAGAAAGCACUGAUUUGUUUUUUUUGUUUUGUUUUUGUUUUUGUUUAUCCAUGCAGAUGGGUGGGAGUGGAGCAGGGGGUUAGGGGGUGCCCGCUGUGGGAGGGGGCACCUCUGUAGUCCUCUCAGAGGUCCGAAUGUGGCAUUUGAGGUAUGCUGCUGCUGCUCAAGGUUGACAUGUCUCCAUAUGUAUCUCUCUUGUCGUGCACUAUUUGGUUCUCUACUCCAGCCAAGUAUUAUACUGCAUUGAUGCCCCUCACCUCUCAUUUUUGAGCCAGUAUUUUGUUUUCUGUUUCAUAACACAUCAGGUCUAGCUCCAGUGAGUGUUGUUGUAGUUAUUGAUGUAGGGCAUACGUCUGGCUGUGGGUGGCUAUUAAGAUGACAAAGGUUUGGAAGAUUUUAUUCUUGUUUUCUUUUUGAAGAACAACUAUAUAGCUGCACCUCUUCUCCCAAGCAUGGUAGUGAUUAAAGCUGUGAACUGAUAUGAGAUGACUAUAAUUUGUAAACAUCUCAGUGAUGGGAUGAGAGAUUUGUAAUUUGUGACUUUCUAUAUAGACAAAGAUUGUUUGUGGUGGUUGUGGGGAGCUGCAUGAUUUUGGAGCUUGCUGUUAAGUCCUGAGAAUUUGGUCUUUGUCUGCGGUACAUUCUCUAAACUGGAUUUGCACAAAUGAGAUGGUUCAUGGUAUGAGCUCCAACAUGGUGUUUUGGAGCUGGUUAGAGAGAAUUUGUCAUGUUGAUAAGGUUGCAUCUUCCCAUUUAUUCUGAGUGAAUAGAGACCUUUUUACAGUUACAUGGAGAAAGAAAUACACUAAUCUAAUCUCAAACUUUUUACUGGGAUAAUCGGCACUGUAACGAAGCCCUCCAUUUUAUGUCACCUUGACUUUUAUUGAAAAAAGAAAAAAAGGAUUUGAGGUGAAUUAAAUGGUGGAGGAUCAAUAUAUCUGUGUUCUGUGAUGCGAAGUGUUGAGCAAUGAAUGAAGACCAUAACAAAUCUAAGAGCACACAUUGCUCAGACGAUCAGAUGAAAUUCAGGUAGGCAAAGUGCUAAUACAUUUAGCAUUAUGACAUUUUUGUGUAAAAAAAGUUGCUCCUUGGCUUUAACACAGGAGUGGUGUAUCAACAAUACAAUUAUUCGUAACUUUUCUGCAAGCAGAGAACUCCAUUUUAUGUCAUGCAGUCUUAGAUUGCACUGUGCUGUAUCAGUGUUAAAAAAUAUAAUGUAAGUCAAAUGAACGGCCCACUUUUUUCAUCCGACCUGUUAGGCCGUCCUAUCAUUCAGACAUCAGUAGAGGCUAUUGUAAAGGGCCAGAAGAGUAACUUGCCGUAGUGACUAGGCCUUAAAGAAGAGAAUACCAGCAAUAAUAAUUAAUGAUUAGAAUGGUGAAGACAAUGUUGAUGAUGUUGACAAUAGAGAUAAACCAAAUGUUGGAAAUCUGUAGCUGAAAUGACCUAGAAGUGCGGAAUUUUCAUUUGUUUUAAUGCAAUGCGGAUGUUCUUUUUUUUCUGGCCGUUUUUAAUGUGAAAUGUAUACUCUACACCAGUUUGUUGGUGUCCACUCUCACCACUCUGUGAAAUAGACUUCUGUCUAUGACCACUACUAAUGAUGUAAAGGUAGCGAUCAGAGUUUCGAGAUCUACUUGAAAGUGUUGCUGUUCAAUAAAUUGGAGAACAGA